AUGUUCACGUCACCCAAUGGCAGUGCUCCUGAAGCAGGAAAUGAUCAAUCUCAGAAAGACAAGCCCACCAAUGGAUCUCAAGGAGCUUCCGACACUGCCGAACACACUUGCACCAACUUAUCAACAUCACUGAACCCUCAUUCGCGUCGAAAAAGGAUUGUAGUGGGAAUAACUGGUGCCACUGGCGCAAUCCUCGGAAUCAAGAUACUCAUCGCACUGCGGCGGCUAAAUAUCGAGAGCCACCUCAUUAUCAGCAAAUGGGCCGAGGCAACCAUAAAAUACGAAACAGACUACUCGCCAAAGAACGUGCGUGCCCUUGCAGAUUACACCCACAGCAUCAACGAUAUGGCAGCCCCAGUGUCGAGCGGCUCUUUCAAGACAGACGGCAUGAUCGUGGUGCCUUGCUCAAUGAAGACAUUAUCUGCGAUUAGCUCCGGAUACUGCGAUGACUUGAUCUCUCGGACUGCAGACGUUAUGCUGAAGGAGCGGAGGAAGCUGGUACUCGUGGCGAGGGAGACUCCCUUGAGUGACAUCCAUUUACGGAACAUGUUAUCUGUCACACAAAGCGGAGCGAUCAUUUUCCCGCCGGUGCCUGCUUAUUAUAUCAAGGCGGCUAGUAUAGAGGGCCUUACGGACCAGACCGUCGGGCGCGUGUUGGAUUUAUUUGACCUCGAUACGGAUGACUUCGAACGAUGGGAAGGAUGGAAAAGGGCGACAUGA